AUGAAUGAAGGAAUUUUUUUUUCUGUCUUUUUUCUUCUUUCUUUCUUUCUUUGUUUUUCUCUUUCUUUCUUUCUUUUUCUCUUUCUUUCUUUAUUUCUUUCUUUAUUUUUCUCUUUCUUUGUUUUUCUCUUUCUUUCUUCCUUUUUCUCCUUCUUUGUUUUUCUCUUUCUUUCUUGUUUUCUUUCUUUUUCUUUUCUUUCUUUCUUUUUUUAUUUUUCUUUCUUUCUUUCUUUUUUGAUUUUUCUUUUCUUUCGUUCUUUCUUUUCUUUCUUUCAUUCUUGCUUUUUCUUUUCUUUCUUUCUUUCUUUCUUACUUCUUUUUCUUACUUCUUUAUUUCUUUCAUUCUUUUCUUUAUUUCCCUUCUUUUGUUUAUUUUUUCUUACUUUUCUUUUUUACUUCUUUCUGCUAUUUUCAUUCUUUCUUUUUCUCUCUAUCUCUUUCUUCGUUCUUUCUCUCUUUCUUUCUUUCUUUCUUUUUAAUCUCCAAAAUUGCCUGCUUCCUCUCAUUCAUCUGUCUUCAUCUUCAUGGAUAUCUCCUCUCUCUUUUCUAUUCGUUUAUCCUCAUUUCUCUGCUGUCAUUCUUAAUACUUAUCUAUCUAUCUAUCUAUCUAUCUAUCUAUCUAUCUAUCUAUCUAUCUAUCUAUCUAUCUAUCUAUCUAUCUAUCUCAGUCUGUUCAUACCAAUAUCAUAUUCUUCAUAUCUAUCUAUCUCAGUCUGUUCAUACCUAUAUCAUAUUCUUCAUAUCUAUCUAUCUAUCUAUCUAUCUAUCUAUCUAUCUAUCUAUCUAUCUAUCUCAGUCUGUUCAUAUGGAUAUAUUCUUUAUAUCUAUCUAUCUAUCUAUCUAUCUAUCUUAGUCUUGUCAUACCUAUAUCAUAUUCUUCAUAUCUAUCUAUCUAUCUAUCUAUCUAUCUAUCUAUCUAUCUAUCUAUCUCAGUCUGUUCAUACCUAUAUCAUAUUCUUCUAUAUCUAUCUAUCUAUCUAUCUAUCUCAGUCUGUUCAUAUCUAUAUCAUAUUCUUCAUAUCUAUCUAUCUAUCUAUCUAUCUAUCUAUCUAUCUAUCUAUCUAUCUCAGUCUGUUCAUAUCUAUAUCAUAUUCUUCAUAUCUAUCUAUCUAUCUAUCUCAGUCUGUUCAUACCUAUAUCAUAUUCUUCAUAUCUAUCUAUCUAUCUAUCUAUCUCAGUCUGUUCAUACCUAUAUCAUAUUCUUCAUAUCUAUCUAUCUAUCUAUCUAUCUCAGUCUUCUGUUCAUUAUCAAUCUAUCUCAAUCUUUCCCUUCAAUUAUCUAUCUAA